GCUUCUACUGUACGUUUACCAGCAUCCGUUCUCCAGCUGUACCGUACAGGCGGAGAGUGUGUGAGAGUGUGUGUGCUGUGCGCGUGAGUGAGAGGGAGAGUGCGUGCGCCUCGAGAGGAUGGCGACGCUCGUGGAAUCCGCAGACAUUACUGAGCCCUUAUGCGGCAGCACCUUGAAGAUGUCUUCCCCAUCCCCAUCGAACCUCUCGUAUCGCUUUGAUGACAGCAGAUUUUAUCUGCUGGUGGUGGUCGGGGAGAUCAUCAGCGAGGAGCAUUUGCGCUGUGCCAUUGCGGACAUUGAGAAAGGCAUCCGGUCAUGGGACACCAACCUGAUGGACUGCAAUCUGGACCAGGAGCUCAAGCUGUUUGUUUCCCGCCACUCGGCCCGCUUCUCCGCAGAUGUGCGAGGACAGAAGAUUCUGCACCAUAAAAGCAACGUGCUGGAGACAGUGGUCCUCAUCAACCCCUCGGAUGAAGCUGUCAGCACUGAGGUGCGUCUCAUGAUCUCGGACACAGCUCGACACAAGCAGCUGGUCCUGGCUGGACAGUGUGUGGAGAGGACAGGUGAGCUCAUCCUGCAGUCAGGCUCCUUCUCCUUCUUCAACUUCAUCGACAUCUUUACUGACCAAGAAAUUGGAGAACUUCUCAGUAGCAUACAUCCAGCUAACAAGGCAAGCCUCACACUGUUUUGCCCUGAACAAGGUGACUGGAAAAACUCAAACCUGGACAAACACAAUCUCCAAGACUUCAUCAACAUGAAACUGAACUCCUCUCUCAUUCUCCCUGAAAUGGAAGGCCUGUCGGAAUUCACUGAAUACUUGUCAGAAUCAGUAGAGGUCCCAAGUCCAUUUGACAUUCUUGAGCCACCAACCUCGGGUGGAUUCCUGAAGCUCUCUAAGCCAUGCUGCUACAUUUUCCCUGGUGGUCAUGGAGACGCGGCACUCUUCGCUGUCAAUGGUUUCAACAUGCUGGUCAAUGGCGGGUCAGAAAGGAGGUCUUGCUUCUGGAAACUUGUGCGCCAUCUUGACCGGGUGGAUUCCAUCCUCCUGACCCAUAUUGGAGAUGACAACCUGCCAGGUAUCAACAGCAUGCUGCAGAGGAAGAUCGCAGAGUUGGAGGAGGAGCAGUCUCAGGGAUCCACUGCCAACAGCGAAUGGCUGAAGAACAUGAUCUCCCCAGAUAUAGGGAUUGUGUUCCUCAACGUACCCCAGAACCUGGAGAAACCAGAGGCAAACUUUCGGGUACGGAGGAACAUCGACGAGGCUGCUGCUACACUGCAUUACCUGAGCAAGCUGUCUCUGACACCAGAACCACUUCAGAGGGGCACUGGAAACACAAUUGAACCCAUCAUACUCUUCCAGAAAAUGGGAGUUGGAAAACUUGAGAUGUAUGUCCUUAAUCCAGUGAAGAACAGCAAGGAGAUGCAGCACUUCAUGAAGCAGUGGACAGGCAUUGAGAAAGACAUGGCUUCCAUUCUACUACCCAAUGGAAAAGAAUCAGAACUACCAAACUCCUACUUUACCUCUAUCUCUUCACUGAUUGUAUGGCAUCCAGCUAACCCAUCAGAGAAGAUUGUGCGUGUGUUGUUUCCUGGCAACGCCACACAGAAUCACAUUUUGGAAGGACUGGAGAAAUUGAAACAUCUGGAUUUCCUGAAGCAGCCAAUGGUGACACAGAAAGAGUUGAACGCUAACAUGGCACCAUCACUUCAACAAGCAAAAAUGAAGCAUAAAACAGAUAGCAAAGAGAGUCUCAAAUCAUUAUCAAGGCCAGCAAGUAGAGGCAUAAAGAGAGAGUCAAGGGAGGAGACACCAGAGAAGGCAAAGGCAGAUACAGAAUCACCUGAGGAAACUUUACAGCAGAAAGAAAAAACUCCAGUGAAAAAAGAAAAGCCAAAGGCUCAAGAGAAGGAGAUGAAAUCUAAAGUUGAGCAAACUCCAGAGAAAAAGAAGGCAGACAUUAAACCAAGAGCUGCUCCCAAGGAAAAAGUCAUGAAGAAAGAGAUGAAAAAAUCAGUUGAGAAGAAAACUGAUGACAAAGAGGUGAAGGAUGUUGUUGAUAAAAAAGAAGAAAAGAAGAAAGAUGAGAAGGUGACACCAAAAAAAGAGGAAAGGGUUAAAAAAGAGGAUAAGAUUAAAAAAGAAGAUGUGAAGAAAGAGGCCAAAAAGGAUGUAAAGAAGGACUUGAGGAAAGAGUCUCCUAUGAAGGCCAGCAAAAAGGAGGACAAGAAAGAAGUAAAGAAAGAUGAUCACAAGAAAGAUGUGUCAAAGCCUACCAAUUUCCUGAAAAGGAAUGCAGCUUCUUCAGCUGAAGCCAAGAAACCUGCCCCUAAGCCAAAGUUGCUGAAAAAAGAUGACACAUCAAAGAAGGAGUUAGGAAGCCCUAUGAAGUCCAAAGAGAAAGGGAAGGUAAAGACCACCAAGAAAGACACUAAAGGUAGUGCGACCAAAGCUGAGACUGCUGCAACAGCAGCUGCUGCUGCUGCUACUGCCGCCGCUGCUGCUGCAGGUGUUGCAGCUGGGCUUGAGGUGGCAGCCAGUGCUGCUGAAGCUCUGGAAGAAGAAAGGUCUUUGAUGUCAACUCCGGAAGACCUCACCAAGGACUUUGAGGUGCUGAAAGCAGAAGAAAUAGUCGAAGAUGAAGAGGCUUUACCUCAGACCAUCACUGAGGAAAUCACACUUGCCAAAGAGUCCCCAGAAGCAGGCGAGUCCCUGGAUGAGGGUAUCACAACAACAGAGCCAGAGGCAGAGAGCGGCGAGACUCCUGAUGAGGUGGAGCCAAAAGAGAAAGCCAGCAGCUUCACCAGUGAGAAGUUUGAAGAUGAGGGAACAGGACUUGAGGAGUCAUCUGAAGCUGGGGACUAUGAAGAGAAAGGAGAGAUUGAUGCAGUGAAGGAGGAGGAGGAACAAAGGAGAGAACUCAAGUCUGAGUUGAAAAUCAAAGAAAAGGAAGAGAGUGAGGAAGAGAGAGAGGAUGAAGCCACUACUGUCGUCCAGGCUGAGACAUCAAAACCAACUCUGUUUGCUUCCACCUCACCAAAGGUAUGCUCCCCCAUUUCUCCUGCUGCUUCAAUUCAUGAUGAAUAUCUUCUGGAAGGUUCUGGAAGUGAACCGGCCUCAGACGAUGAAAACCGAGAUGAACCUCCUGAAGAGUACACCACCUCAGGCCAUACCAUGUCCACCAUUGAGAUUUCAAGUGUGCCAACACCCAUGGAUGGCAUGUCAACUCCAAGGGACAUCAUGAGCGAUGAGACCACAAAUGAUGAGACUGACUCUCCUUCUCAGGAUAUGGCCAGGUUUGGAGGGGCUAAAAUGUCAUGCGAUUUUGAGAGAAAACAGCUCCCAACUCUUCAAGAUGGCCCUGAAGACCACUCAAAAAGCGAGGCCACAGAUGGUGAAGACUAUCAAGCUUCAGCUUCUACUGUCUCACCUACAUCGUCACUGGAAGAAGACAAAAUUGUUGAUUAUUUCAAGGAAGAAGAGGGCGGACGCAAGACUCCUCCAGACUCAUUAAACAAAUUUGGCAUUUGCUCUUCAAGACUGGCUUCUGACUCUUCAAUGGGUCCAAUAGUGAGAUCUCCGUCUGGUGAUAAGAAUGUGAACAUGAGCUUCUUAUCAUCAGGUAUUGCCUCACCCAUUGAACUGGGCACUACCCUCACAGGGAUCCCAUUCGAAAUAGGCGAGAGCUCACUGAGUCCAGAUGAGAAGACCCUGGAGGGCACCUCUUCUCCACAAUCUGCUGGCCAUACACCUUACUAUCAGUCACCACUAGAUGAGAAAGCAGGAACCCUACAACCUGAAGCAGGGGACAAUGCUGAUGGUCCAGUAAUUGUGGAGGUCACAAGUGACAAAGAGGACUCUCCUAAACAAGGGAGUCCUGUGGAAGAGAAAGUUCUCAAAUCUCCAAUAGACAAGUCUGCAUCUCCUAUGUGUGGCUCACCAACAUCUGGAGCAGAAUCCCCAACAAAAAGUGAAAAAGCCGAGAAGGUGUCAACAUUUAAAGAAGAGAGCAAAAUGUCAAUAUCAGAAGGAACAACAUCUGAUAAGUCUGCAACUCCAGUUGAUGAAGGAGUUGCAGAGGACACCUUUUCCCAUGCUGCAUCUGUGUCCACCUCCCUGGCUACCGUGAGUUCUUUGCGAGACCCUACAACUGAUGAUGUUUCACCAUCUCUGCAUGCUGAAGUAGGCUCCCCCCACUCCACAGAGGUGGAUGACUCCCUCUCUGUCUCCAUAGUUCAGCCUCCGACUACUUUCCAGGAAACUGAGUUCUCUCCAUUAAAGGAAGACAGCCCGCGACCAAUGUCCAUCUCCCCAGACACCUCUCCCAAAACCGCCAAGUCCAAGAUGUCCCUUCAGGAGCCUUCCGUCAUGCAGGUCUCCCAGGACUCCCCUGACCAUUCUAUGGCCUCAGAUUUUAGCAAGCAGUCACCACAGCACCCCUCUGCCCCAGGGGCUCGUGGGGUCACUGAAAACGGACCCACAGAGGUGGACUGCAGCCCAUCUGACAUGUACGACCACAGCUCAGUCGGAGAUCACAGGGCCGAGAAGCCAAUGCUUUUCAGAGAGUGUGACUCCCCUUGUGCUGCCUCUGCGACCCCGUCAGAGGCGUCUCAGUCCAGUCCUUCUGUUGCGACUCCUUGUCAGAUUGGGGGACCAAGGGACAUGUCCCCAAGUGCAGCAGCUUCCUCAGGUCCUGCUACCCCAAAAGCAUCCUCCUUAACACACUCUCCUGUGUCCCCAGACUCAUUGGUGUUGGGGGACAAAAGUUCUGAUGGGACGAAUAAGGAAAGUCUGUCUCUGGCUGAAGGAGACACUAAUCCCUUCAAGUGUGAGUCUAAAUCUCCUGUCAGUCCCAAAGCCCCCUCACCAUCUUACCUGCCUCUGUCCUCUAAUUUCUCAGAGUCGCACACCUCUCCAACCUCUGGCGCUUCAAACUUUGAAUCCAAAGAUCCGGACAGCGCCAUGAAGAGCCCCUGUCGUCCAUCCAGGACGGACGUAGAUCUGUGUCUGGUGAAAUCCUGCGAGUACAAGCACCCGAAGACUGAGCUGUCACCAUCUUUCAUUAACCCAAACCCACUUGAGUACUUCAUGAAUGAGGAGAAUCUGAACCCUCUGGAGGAGGAAAAGCCUUUGACCAAGUCUAGCGGAGGGCCUCCUCCCCCUGGCGGGAAGCACCAUGGGAAACAGUGUGAGGAAACCCCUCCAACCUCAGUCAGUGACUCCGUUCCCUCCCAGACAGACUCUGAUGUGCCCCCCGGCACAGAGGAAUGUCCCUCCAUCACAGCAGAUGCUAACAUCGAUUCAGAGGACGACUCAGAGACACUCCCAACGGACAGAACUCUCACAUAUCGCCAUGUGGAUCCUCCGCCAGUGGCUGCCCGUGAUGCCGCUCCAUCCCCUCCCCACCCUGACGUCUGCAUGGUGGACCCAGAUGCCUUGGCAACUGAGGAGAGCAACCAAGUCAAGGAGAAGGAGGGAGAGGAGAAGCCCAAAAAGAAAAAAACAAUGGCGAAGAAGUCUGCAUCACCAGCCCGAAAGAGUGGCAUUUCAAAGACAAGUGCAGUGAAGGAGACAAAAACUGCCUCUCCGAAAAAAAGUGCCAGUGCUAAGGGAGGAGAGGGGAAAGAUGUGAAAAAUGCAACCAACACUUCUGCCUCCCGAGGUGUGAAAAGUGCAGGAAGCAGUAAAACCUCCAGUGGAUCAGCAGUUCCCAACUGCCCCUCGAUGUACAUGGAUCUGGUCUACAUCCCAAACCAUUGCAGUGCCAAGAACGUGGACUCUGAGUUCUUCAAGCGAGUCCGCUCUGCGUACUACGUAGUCAGUGGUAACGACCAGGCUGCCCAGGAGCCCAGCAGGGCAGUGCUAGAUGCUCUGCUGGAGGGGAAAUCGCAGUGGGGAAAUAACAUGCAGGUGACCCUGAUCCCGACACAUGACUCUGAGGUGAUGAGGGAGUGGUACCAGGACACCCACGAGAAGCAGCAGAACCUCAACAUCAUGGUCUUAGCCAGCAGCAGCACGGUGGUCAUGCAGGACGAGUCCUUCCCUGCGUGCAAGAUAGAACUGUGAGGCCGCCAGGGCUGUGAUCUGCAGGCCUUGUGCUGUUUCUAAGGCCCGCAGCUGGGUUCAACUGUCAUAGAAAUGCAGAACUAAAAGGUCUAAUUGAUGUCCCCUCUCAAAACAAUAACCCAAAAAAUGUGUGAAGUCAGAAGAUAUUCUACAACUUAUUUAUCUGAUUUAACUGAUCGGUCACAGUCAUAUUUUAAAAUUGGAGUCUAAAACAUGAGUCGUGGUGAUUUAAACAUACAUUUAAAAGUAUACUGAGUGAGGAGUAUGCGUAAUCAUGUAUCACGGGGAAACUGUCUCAGUGAUGAGAUUGUUUAGUCUGUGGAGAAAGUCAGAGAGCUGAAACUGUAAAACACAAAUAUGUGAGAAAUUAGCAUCUUCUCAGUAAGUUAGCGCCAUUGAGCAACUAAACUGCAGGGCAGCUAUAACAAAAUACUGGACCCAUACAGAAAAUGUGGAAAUACUAGUCUUACAAUGCCAUCAUAAUGAAUGUGGAAGUGGACUGGUUCGUUGUACUUUGGAUGCUUUUAAACGUGUGAAAAGGGAACAAGACUGUGAGGUAAACCAGUCUAGUCAGUAAUGUAGCUUAUAACUCAGAAAAGAUCAAAGAAUCAUCCAUCACAAAUCAAAGGAAAUAGGUAGGUCUACUGUGUUAGAACACAGUAGCUUAGCUGAUAUCAAACAGAAUGUUAUAACCAACAAACCAUUAUAAAGCAGAAUACAGGUGGUGCAAAAUCUUCAUAUUACCACAAUCUACACACCAAAGGAUGAUGAUGGAUAUUUUGUUCGAUAUGCCUUAGAACGUGAAUUGAAUGUACACCAUGAUUGAUGCACUUACUCUGAGAACAGAUGUCCAGUCUGUAUAGAGACAGCAGAUGAUCACAAGUCAAAGGCAGUUCCCCAUAGAAACAGAUGAAUGAGCUGGUAGCAAUGUACUGUAGGCGAAUCAUAGUGUUUGUCCAGCACGAUGUGGAAUGUGUCAGCGGUUAUCUGAAGCAGUCCAGUCCUUUUAUGAUGUAGAGUGCUUUUUGCUUGCAAAGUGGCCUGUGGCUUGUGUCGAAAUGACACACUGACAGGUAAAAAUACCCAACAGCAUCAGAGUUAGUGCUCCUCCUAAAGUUACAAAUAGUACAAUUUAUGUUUUUAUUAGUUUCAAACUCAUAGAAUGAAUAAUGACAAUGAGCUUCCUCAAGUUUUAUUGAUGUCAUGCAAGUGCUGCUCUGCAUAGCAAUGUACGUUAUAAGCGAAGGGAGAGGAACACUAAUUGAUCUGUGGUCGGAGUGGGUUUUCAGGUGUUCUGCUGUGAAGUUCCUAAGUGGCAUAAUUUCCCCCCUUUCUUUUACAUCUGUAUAUUUGCAGGCUAUGUUUAGAGUAUGUUGAUAUUUGCACUAUAUUUUUUUGCACAUGAUUUUUUUUAUUAGUUAACUUAUUCCAAGUCAAUGUUAUCCUUGUGGCUAUUUAUGAUACAUUAUUUAUUUAUGAGUGACUGUGGAAACACUUGCAUUUUGACUGCCAUGACAAAGAUUCAUGUUGAGACUGAGGCUUGAGCUACUUGUUUUCCCGAGGUCGUAUUCUGAAAGAAGAACACUCUACCAGCCGUAUGCAAGCAGAAAAAAUAGUCAUUUUUGAAUUGAUACCCUUUGUUUGAACUUGUUUGUGCAUCUCUCCUUGACUAUUCAACUGCUCGAUUUUCCUGAGUUGAUGAGCCAAAUUCAACCAGAGGCUGUCAGAAUGUGGUACAUCUAUGCUUGAAAGCUGAGCAAGUUUCCUAUCCUUUGGACAUUUUCUUUUCUAGAGCAACACUGUACUAUAAUUAUAGAUAGCUCUGUGGCCGAAUGACUGGAUUGAAGACGUAAGCACGAGUAAUGUAAUCUACUAAACAUUUCUCUCUCUCUCUUACACGAGGGAGGAGCAGGGAGGUCAGGGAUUCCUGAACUGCCAACACAACAAAAUUGCAAGUCUGUUGUUGAAGUGAUUAAGUAUGGUGUGCGAUGUGUGUCCUCUGGGUUUCUGCCAUAUUAUAAGUGCAGGACAGAGAGAGAGAGAGAGAGAGAGAUCCCUUUCUCUGUCAGUGUUGGACAUUUUUGGAUCUUAGACCUGGUCUGUUACUGUGUCUAAGCAAAACUGGUAUCAGGUGGACAGAAACAUGCUACAUUUCUGUCUCGAAGCUUGUCAGAGUUUGUGCAUUGUGACAGAGACCACAAUGAUCCCAAAAUGGCGUCUUUGGUUUCCAGCGCUUUUACGAUGACAGGAUUUCUCUAGAGCUAUACUGUAAUGGUGUGUAGAUAACGUUGAGGGAGAAUGUUUCAUGAGAGAGACAGACUUCACAGUUUCACUUCUGUUUGAUCUACAUGACUCGGACCAUCACCCAACACCUAAAGACAAGAUAACACAACUACCGGACAGACGAACCACCUGACACUCAAUACAGUGGCCAACAUGGCCCCAAGCAUUUAUAUGACAUUGCCUUGCAGCAUUUCACAGAGAUCUACAGGAGUUGAGUUUUAAAAGUUCAACAUAAUACUAACCAAGAACAAAUACAGGACAUCAGGGCUGAACUCAGUCAAUAGUUGUAAAUAGUUGCAGUAGAAGUCUUUUAACUAAGCAAGGAAAAGCAAGAACAUUUUAAGCAUUUAGAAAUCAGAUGAACACUCAGCUUUUGACUUUUCUCUCAGCUUCUCACUAUAUCCAUCUUUUCUUCUCUCUCUCUCUCCCUCCUCUCUAUCUCCCUCUUUCGAGUGAUUGUAAGAGUUUGUUUGCAGCUGUGUAAGGUAUAUAUGUCUUGUGAGCUUGCAUCUACCCUAGCCCUUUCCAAACUCAUAUCUAAUGUAGAGGAUAGUUUCAUGUAAAAGUAUUACCUAGUGCUUUUCUGACAUUUGUGUGCAAUAUCUCAUUUUCCCAACUCAUGUGGGGGCAUUUGAUGUAAAGGGAACUACUAUGGAACACCAAGGGAAACAACACCAUAAUAAAAACUGUUGUGGAAAUCCA